AUGUCUUACCACAGAGCGCGGGCCAAACCACUCCCCCAUGACACGUCCCCCACUCCCAACAAACUACCUCGUGCUGCAGAAUCCCACAAUGCCGACUCCCAACGACAAGUGUUAAAUACCGAAACCCCCUCUGCUUCAGCCACAGAACACGCACCUUUUCGCUGGAACGGGUUACCACACCACCACAUACCCCCGCGGUUCACCCACGCGGGAAGUUCCUUAUCACGCACUUCUCGCAAGCAGCACACGCAGCGUGUGUGGUCAGGCGUACCCCACCCAGACGACACCCUAUCUUCUCUCAACGAAUCUUUGAAAAUUCCCGACCCCCCACACGCCGAACUCACCACUCUUAAACACCUGUGUUCCCGAACCACACCACCCACAAGCCUUAUCCAACAACAGCCCAUUAUAAAGACAAGACGGGAAAUGGACGAACGGCUUCCCUGGUGUGCGCGUGCACUUGCUCCGUGUUCGCUUUCUGGAGCCAUAAGCCGGUUUGGAGUUUUACGCCAUUUGCACACCAUCGGUUUUCUUCCUUUCACAAUGUCUACCAAUGGUGGAGCUUCAGGUGAUGUUAAACAUUCCAACGAAAUGACUUCGAAGGAUUAUUAUUUCGAUUCGUACGCUCACUUUGGCAUCCACGAGGAAAUGCUGAAAGAUGAAGUGCGCACGCUCACCUAUCGAAAUGCGCUAAUGCACAACAAACAUUUGAUCAAAGAUAAAAUAGUUCUCGAUGUUGGAUGUGGGACUGGGAUCUUGUGUUUGUUUGCUGCCAAGGCCGGAGCUAGACAUGUGAUCGGAAUCACGAUGUUUCGGACUUUAUCACUUUCACUUGGACGCUUCGUUCGAUCACCUCCGGUUCUAACCUUUAAUCGAUGCUAUGCUGCCCAGGUUUUAAAACCUGCCCCAGACUUCGCAGGAACAGCCGUUGUUAAUGGGAAGUUUAAAGAAAUCAAACUGCAGGAUUUCGCGGGAAAAUACCUGGUGCUGUUUUUUUAUCCCCUUGAUUUUUCUUUUGUUUGCCCUACGGAAAUUAUCGCUUUUUCCGAUCGUAUCGAUGAGUUCACAAACGCUGGAGCUGCCGUUGUUGGUGUUUCUACGGAUUCUCAUUUUAGCCACUGGGCAUGGAUCAAUAUUCCUCGGAAGGACGGAGGGCUUGGCGGCUUGCGUUACCCACUCUUGUCGGAUUACAAGAAGUGUAUAUCUGCUGAUUAUGGCGUUCUGUACGAAGAAAAAGGCAUUGCUCUUCGUGGGCUAUUUAUUAUAAGCCCGGACGGAAUCAUACGCCAAAUCACAAUCAACGAUACUCCUGUUGGACGCUCCGUGGAAGAAACUUUGCGCUUGGUCAAGGCUUUCCAGUUCACUGACAAGCAUGGCGAAGUUUGUCCGGCAAGCUGGCAACCUGGCGGGGACACAAUCAAACCCGACACUGAAGCGGCGAAGGAAUACUUCAAGAAAUCGCAGGGAUGAGUCUCAAUUGACUGCUUCUUCAUUCUCCUGUGACUUCACAUCUUUUUCUUCUAAUUGGACACCACUUGUACUCCACUUAGUGCUGGCUUUUUGAGAUGACUGUUUUUGUGGACUGACGGAAGUAUUGAUGGAAAACUGAUGCAGAUAAUUACAUAAAUUCUGAAUUUUGUUUACCUGUUGGCUAAAAUUUUAAGUCAUCUAACAGCACUGGACGGAUGAUUACGAGGGACUCCCGUAUUUUUUGUAGAAGCCUUGAUUACAUUCUUUCUAACAUAGACAUCUGUCCGGGUACACUGUUCUAGCCUUCACUUCACAGUUAACUCGCCUGUUCAUGUUUCGCUCACUUCUAUGGCGGGAAUGUUUG